UAGACUCGCUUUGCCGCCUGCCCUAGUCGCGUCAGAGAGCGAAACAAGGAGAAAGACUAAUCCCGAGAUCUUCUCCGCCUUCACCUACAAACCCUCGAAUGCCUUCACCAUGGAUGGAGGUCCAAUCCCGAUCUCGUCAGCCUCUUCUGACGCCGGUACCUCCCCCGCACAACGCCUCUUCCUGGAAAAGGCCAGGGCGAGGACGGAGAAGAGAAAUCUCUUCUAACCCUAGCGGGAAACCCGUGGUGGUCUCCCGCUAUUUCCUUCCGUCGCAUGCCUCUUCUUUGGUCACGGAUGCUAAAUCCACCUCUACCUCUUCCUCGACCGCUACCCCAGAUGGAGGGAAACCCGUGGUGGUCUCUCGCUACUUCCUCCCGUCGCAUGCCUCUUCUUCUUUGGUCACGGAUGCGAAAUCCUCCUCUACCUCUUCCUUGACCGCUACCCCAGAUGGCGGGAAACCCGUGGUGGUUUCCCGCUAUUUCCUCCCGUCGCAUGCCUCCUCUACUUUGGUCACGGAUGCAAAAUCCUCUAUCUCUUCCUCGACAGCUACCCAAGAUGGCGGGAAACCCGUGGUGGUCUCCCGCUACUUCCUCCCGUCGCAUGCCUCCUCCUCUGUUAUCACGGAUGCCAAAGCUUCUGGACCCGAUGGUAAAAAGCCGACGGUAAAGAGGAAGAGGGAUAACCCUAACAUAGAGGCGAAGAAGGUGCCACAUUUCUCUGCAGCUCAGAAGAAGUCUGAGGCAUAUAGAAGAGUUGCAGACAAUAAUACCUGGGAUCCGCCGGCUUCCUGUUACCAUCUACUUCAGGAGCGACACUCCUUCGAUCCAUGGAGGGUCUUGCUUAUCUGUAUGCUAUUGAAUGUUACAACAGGUCGCCAGGUUGCAAGGGUUUUGCCUGGUCUAUUCCUCAUGUGUCCAAAUGCAGAGGCGAUGUCAAAGGUAGAUGAGGAGGAAAUGGAAAAGGUUAUACAUUCUCUAGGUUUACAGAAAAAACGGUCUAAUAUGCUGAAGAGAUUCUCUUGUGAAUAUCUGAGAGACGAUUGGAUUUAUGUGACUCAGCUUCAUGGCAUUGAUAUGCAGCUGAUGCAUAUGCAAUAUUUUGUACCGGAAAGAUGGAGCAGAUUACUCCACGAGAUCAUAAAUUAGUUGCCUAUUGGAAGUUUGUUUGUGGUAAGGAAGAACAUUUUGAAAGUUGAAAGAACAUGCCCACGCCUAUUGGAAGUUUGUUUGUGGUAAGGAAGAACAUUUUGAAAGUUGAAAGAACAUGCCCACGCCUAUUGGAAGUUUGUUUGUGGUAAGGAAGAACAUUUUGAAAGUUGAAAGAACAGACCACAAAACUUCAAUUUUGUAGUUAUUAUGCUUGUAUUUUGGUGUAAGAAAUUUUAUUUUUGAAAGUUGAAUGUAUAAAAUUUGUAUAUUUAUUAUGCUCGUGAGAUAUGAAUUACUUAAUUUUAUGGAUCUGAGUUUAA